AUGGCACCGGCCGACACAAAGGCCGAUCCGGCCACUGCAUCCACAACUUCGACGACAGCUGCCGACGCAGACGAUGCUCUGUUUCUGCGCCAGUCCGAGCCAUACAGAAGCGACGAGAAGGACGGCCACGACGACCACGACGACCACGACGACCACGACGAUCACGACAAUGUGGUCAAAGACGAGACGGCCGUCAAAGACGAGGCGGCUGUCACACCAGCCCGCUCAGGCUCGGCCACGUCGACAUCGACCGCGACAGCCCGCUCCAACGACAUCCACGUCGGCAGCACCGCACCACCACCGCAAGGCGACGCAUCCACCACAGACGCCGUAGCGGACGCACCGCCAAAUCCCAAUGCCGCUGGCGACCUCGAGAAACAAGCGGCGGCCGCCGAAACCGUCCCGCCGCGCUACUCCGUCCACUCCACCUGGGCCAAGCGCUGGAUCGUCCUGGGCGCCUCCCUCGGCGCCUUCAUCUCGCCGCUCACCGGCCAGAUCUACCUGCCCGCCCUCACCGAGAUCGCCGCCUACUUCCACAUCACCGACGGCCAGGUCAACCUCACCGUCACCACCUACAUGAUCUUCCAGGGCGUCACGCCCAUGUUCCUCGGCGGCAUGGCCGACGGCAUCGGCCGCCGCCCGACCUUUCUGCUGUGCUUUGUCAUCUUCAUUGCCGCCAACAUCGGCCUGGCCCUCUGCCGCAACUACGCGUCGCUGCUCGUCGUGCGCAUGAUCCAGUCAGCCGGCUCUGCCAGCACCGUCGCCUUGUGCCAGGCCGUCGUCGCCGACAUUGUCAGCAGCGCCGAGCGCGGCCAGUACAUUGGCAUCACCAUCAUCCCCAUCGUGUUCGCCCCGAGCCUGGGCCCCGUGCUGGGCGGCGUGCUGUCCGAGUACCUGGGCUGGCAGGCCAUCUUUUGGUUUCUGGCGAUUGUGGGCGCCGUGCUCGGCCUGGGCCUGGCCUUUUUCCUGCCGGAGACGUGCCGCAAGAUUGUUGGCGACGGGUCCAUCCAGCCGCACCCCUUUCACCGCACCGGCUACCAGCUGGUUAAGGACGCGCUGGCCCGCCGCAAGGCGAACGGCACGGUGGCCCAGGACAACCACGACACCGCCGCCGCGCGCCCGCCGCUCCGCAUGCAGGUGCCCAACCUGACGCUGUCCGUCCAGCUGGCCCUCCAAAAGAACAUUGGCCUCCUCCUGCUCUACUCGAGCCUCCUCUUUGCCGGCUUCUAUGCCAUCGCCACCAACCUGCCCGCCAGCCUCCAGGCCUACGGCCUGUCCCAGCUCGAGAUUGGCCUCUGCUACCUGCCCAUCGCCGCCGGCUCCAUCAUGGCCGCCUUUGCCGUCGGCCCGUUCAUCAACCGCAACUACCGCCGCCACGCCGCCCGCAUCGGCGUCGCCGUCGACGCCGCCCGCCAGCAGGACCUGUCCAACUUCCCCAUCGAGCAGGCCCGCCUCGAGACCGGCUUGCCCCUCUACUACCUCUCGUCGGCCAUCAUGCUCGUCUGGGGCUGGGCCCUGCAGCGGCACGCCCACCUCGCCGUCCUCUGCGUCCUGCUGUUCCUCAAUGGCGUCGGCAUGAUUGGCUUCCAGAACGCCGCCAACGCCCUGCUCGUCGACAUCACCCCCGGCCGCGCCGGCGCCGCCGUCGCCGCCAACAACCUGACCCGCUGCCUCAUCGGCGCCGUCGCCACCGCCGUCAUCAACCCCAUGAUCGCCGCCAUGGGCAUCGGCUGGGCGUUUUUCCUCAUCGGCGCCCUCUACGUCGCCGCCUCGCCGGGCCUCUUUCUGCUCAUGUUCAAGGGCGUCGCCUGGCGCCGCCGCGCGCGCGAAAACGCCGAGCGGCGCCAGCAGCGGCGGGCCGAGCGCAAGGCCCAGAAAGAGGCCCAGAAGGCAAGCAGGGCGGCGACAGGAUCAUGA